GCAGCGGCCGCCGUUCGAACGUUCUAGAAUCUGCACACUCAUUCGAUAAAACGUCGUGUACGUCGGCCUUUCUCAAUCCGCGUUCAUAGCUCGUAGUUGUGUAUUGUCGGACGAGCGUACUUGUGAUUCGUGCAAUACCUACACAACCGUACAACAAGACGGAUUCGUCGGAUUGAUCGUACAAGACGGACCGCGAGUAAAGCUGCACGUUUAUUUUAUUUUUUUUUUUCCGGUGCUGUUCGUUUCGAAGUUUGCCGGGACACGUCGCCGUUAAAUUGUAAGUAGAAAACCGAUACGCAGUUAUUAUAAUAACACCUGCGGUUAUAAAUAUUCAGUUGUACGCGAGUACGACCGUAAUACGUUGUAUUUUUUGUUCUGCGGUAACCGUAGUUUACAAGUAUUCCGACUUGGACGCGGAACCGCUGCCGUUCUCGUUCAAACGGCCUUCGGCGUUUUUUUGCUCGGCAUGUGCGCUUCGCACCCGACAACAGCUGACCUUGCCCCGUACGCGCAUGAUAAAAUUCCGUCUCGUCCGCGACCCUCGUGUGCACGCCGCCGGAACCUCCACGGGCGGCCCACGGAAAUCGCCAUUUUUCCCGUCCCGGGCGCGGUCUUCCCGUUCGGUUUUCCCACGGCUGAUGAAUAUAAUUUCGGUAACGGCUGCGGCCGACCAACGAGACCCGAUCAUCGCGAGGUUUUCCCCCCUCCCCUCCGUGACACUACCGUUUGUCGGUGUAGGAAAACAAAGAGUGCUUCCGUUGUGGGUGUGCGUGCGCGCAGCAUUUGGGACUGUACAACGUUCGUUUCGUUUCGCCGUACCGUUUUUUUUUUUUUUUUUCUCCACGCGUUAUUAAGACCGACCAAAAACGCUAUUACCAUUGUGCCGGGCCAAAAAUAUAAUAACCCGUCCCCCCGGGUCGAUCAUUCGAACGUUAUUGCAAACGGCGCUGUUACUUGUUAGCGGUCCGUCGACCCGGGCACCACUCGCACACACGCACGCACGGACCGUCGGUCCUUUGUCGUUUGUGGAUACCUAUCGAUUUCGCGUGCGGACGUCCUUUCGGGUUGUCGUCCGUCGACAAUGCCCUACGACAUUACGCAAUACGUAAUUAUUUUCAUUUCAUCGUCAGAAUCGGAAACCGACGACUUCCCCUUCCCUGGAAAUCGGCAACGGCCGGGAACUAAACGUAGGUACACUGGCGGUGGCCGCGGAGUAUCCCCCCAGUGUUACUCGUUUUCUGACCUCGGAUAGCGAUAUAUAAUUAUAAUAAAUAUUAAUAGGUUCCUUUGCCGUGGUCUCUGUAGACGCUCAAAAACGCAUUUUCUUAACCCGACUAAUAGUUCCCGCCGGUCGUUAAUAUUUAUCGGUAAUUUCGCGCCCGUCAGUUUUUGCAGGCGACGCCAUUCGUUAUCACAACGUCGUCGGAAAAUUAUUACUGCUUGCCCGCGUUCGAAUUAAUUAAUUCGGUCUUCGGUUUUUUUUCAUCACCUUACCAUAAUGUAUUCAAAACCGUACUUUGAUAUGCGUACAAAUUAAUUAUACAUUGGUAGUCUCCUGCUUAAAAAAUGAUCGUGGGUAUUGUAUUGUAGUGAAACUCGAAGUUUCUAUUAGUGUACCUAUACUAUUGUUAUAAUCGUACAGAUUGUAAUUGUAACGGUUUGUUUAGUUUUCAUAUUGUAAAACUGUCGAGUGUUCACAAUAUUGGAUUGAAUAAGUAUAAAUGCUAAAAUUGGUAUUUAAUUAUUAAUAGAAAGGUUUAUUGAGUACCAGGGAAUUUGUAUGCCUAGGUAUUGGAAUUUAUUUUUAUUUAAGUGUUCUGAAAGAAGUGUUCAUUAUUAAAUUAUAUUAUCGACGUUAGAUAUUUACUUUUAAGAUUUAUUGCAUUUUGAACUUUGGUGUGUAAUUUCAGUUAAAUUUUAAAACAUUUUAAAUUUUUAUUUGGUUUUUAUCAUUUUAUUUCUAAUUCUGACUAGGUUAGGUACCGUCUGUUUAAUUUGACUAUACGUAUACGCUUACCCUUCGAUUAGUAAUUUUCAUGUUUGAAUUACUUAUUGCAUAUACCUACACGCUCAAUUUUUACUAUUUAUCUAUAUACCUAUUUUAAACAUUUUUUACACAAAUUAAAAUCUCAUAGGCUCCUCUUUUAACACGGAAUACAAUGAAAAUGUGUAUUUGUUUUAGUGUUUGAUACAAAAUUUAAAUUAAAUGUUUUAAAUUAUUUAGUUGUUCACUCAUUAUAAAUUCUUUAUUUGAUUUUUAAUUAGGUAUUUAUUAGAAAUUGUGUUAUUUCUAAUUCAUAAUAAAUUAUUAAUCGUUAAAACAAUUGUUGUUUUCUUUUGUUUCAGACUUAUUUUAAUUGCAUUAACCUUUAAAAAUGGUUAAGGAAACAACUUACUACGACAUCUUAGGAGUCAAACCUAAUUGCACCAAUGACGAGCUUAAAAAAGCAUAUAGAAAACUUGCAUUAAAGUAUCACCCAGACAAGAACCCAAAUGAGGGUGAAAAGGUAAAUUAAAUAUUUAUUGUGAAUAUUCUGAAUUUUGUUAAUUAUUAAUUUUUCUAUAUUUUAGUUCAAGCAAAUUUCUCAAGCGUAUGAAGUAUUGUCAACUCCAGAAAAACGUCGUUUAUAUGACCAAGGUGGUGAACAAGCACUUAAAGAAGGUGGAGUUGGUAACAACUUUUCGUCUCCGAUGGAUCUAUUCGAUAUGUUCUUCGGCCAAUUUGGUGGAUCUGCCCGUGGCCGUGGCCAUCGUGGACCUCAAAAGGGCAAAGAUGUUGUUCAUCAAUUAAGUGUUUCUCUUGAAGAUUUGUACAAUGGCUGUGUUCGCAAAUUAGCAUUAGAAAAAAAUGUUAUUUGUGAAAAAUGUGAAGGUAGAGGUGGCAAAAAAGGCGCAGUAGAACAAUGUCCGGCGUGUCAGGGUAGUGGUAUCCAAGUGACAAUUCAUCAAUUAGGGCCAGGUAUGAUUCAACAAGUGCAGUCUAUGUGUAACGAGUGUCGUGGUCAGGGUGAACGAAUCAACCCUAAAGAUAGAUGUAGGACUUGCACUGGAAAGAAAGUAAGUUAUUUAUGAUUGUGUAAUGAUUUAACAUAUUUUAUCAAAUUAAAUAUUUUAAAGGUUACUCGUGAAAGGAAGAUUUUGGAGGUAAAUAUAGAUAAAGGAAUGGUUGAUGGGCAAAAAAUAACAUUCAAUGGAGAAGGUGAUCAAGAACCUGGACUUGAACCCGGUGAUAUUAUUAUUGUCUUAGAUGAAAAGGAACAUCGUAAUUAUAAGUACGUAACUGAUAAAAUUGACUUUAUCAGAUAACUCUAUAUUAAUAAUAAUAAAUCUUGUUUUUAAAUAGGAGAAGCGGUACAGAUUUGGUUCUCCGUUUGGAAAUUGAACUUGUUGAGGCAUUGUGUGGAUUCCAGAAAGUUAUCAAAACAUUAGAUGAUAGGUCUUUGGUCAUAACUACUAUUCCAGGUAAAUUAAUAUGUUGAUUAUCAUGACUUAUAGUGCAAUAAUAUUUGCUAUGUAUAAUAAAAACUUUCAUAUUUUAUUUACAUGAUCUAUUUAUUUAGUAUACAGUGUAUUAUAAUUAUAACACUAAAAAUAAAGUAUUGUCAUACCAUGCUAAUGUUACAGACACUUAAAUUUUUUUUAUUAAUCAUACAUUAAACAUUUUUGUUCGGCUUUAUUCUAUUUUUAAAGUUUUAUAUUAAUCAGUAAAUAUAAUAAAACUAUCAAUUUUAAAAAUACAAAUUCUCUUACAGUUCUUGGUGUCACAAGAUUUCAAAUAAUGGCUGUUGUAACCAUACAAUUUGAGUACAAAACUAAUAUAAUGGAAUUUAUUUGUAGGUGAAGUUUUGAAGCAUGGCGAUGUCAAAUGUGUUCUGAAUGAAGGUAUGCCUCAGUAUAAGAACCCAUUUGAAAAGGGUCGUAUGAUCAUUCAGUUCCUGGUUACUUUCCCUGAUAAAUUGCCUGCUGCAAAUGCAACUUUGCUUGAAUCAUGUCUUCCUGCUAGGUAAGAACUAUAUAUUUUGAUUUGUUUAAACCAAAAUUAUCUAUUAUUAGAAAUAAAUUUGUUAGAACGUGUGUUAAGAGAACACCACCCCUGCAUUUACUGUCUCAAUCCAAUUACCGAGCAACAUACAAAGACAUUAUUUAUGCAGACUUAAUAUAACCAGCUUAAUUUUGAUUAUAGAAGAAAAGUACUAAUCUGAAAUUUCUGCGAAAAAUAUUACAUAUUUUUGGAUGGUACCUCAACGGAUUUUUGUAUAAUUCUAAACACAAAAAGCAAACACUAUUUUAGUUCAUUUAAUUAUUCCAAAAACGCUUAUGAGAUUGUUUCCAAAGUAUUGUUUUCUAUAAAUUUGUAUAACUGGUACUUUUACUCUAAAACCAAAAUUAAGCUAGUUUUAUUUGGUUUGUGUGAGCAAUGUUUUUACUCUUGGAUUGAGCAGUAAUUGCGAGUGUGGCAGCUUUUUAUAAUUUGGUUAGUUAGAAUUUUUAUAGUUUGAUAGAUACAGUAUAGUUUCAUUUUAGAAUUUGAAUAUUCAGAAAGAACUUAAUUUCUGUUGAAAAUUUUAGAUAAUCUAAAAUUAAAAUAAUAGUAUCUUGGUAGCCUCUUGGGUGUUUUAAAUCUGCCCCAUUUUCUAAAAUAUUAUUUUUUACUGUAUUUUAAUUUAAAUAAUUUGUUUUAAAUUUCAGACCAGUUGAGGUCAUACCGGAAAAUUCUGAGGAAGUAUCGCUGAUUGAGAUGGACCCAGAAUAUGAAUCUAGAAGACAAAACAGACGGGAAGCGUAUAAUGAUGAAGAUGGACCUACUCGAAACGUGCAAUGUGCUUCACAUUAAUGUUCUAUCACUUUUUAAGUCCAUGUAUUUUACAGUACCAAAUUGUACUCAUUCCGUAAUAAGACACCGAGCAAAAAAAAAUUUUGAUGACUUGUGAAAAUAUUAGAUAUUUAUUCAAUAUGGAUACAGUAUUUCUUUCCUAUUAUAACAUGGUUUUUUUUUUUUUUCUAAAAAAAAAAAUCAAAAAUAAUAAACUAUUCAAUUCAUUUAAAUGCUUUCUAUUGACUAAUACAUUAGUACACUCAUACAUACUCAAACAUUAUUAGUGUUACUUGUUGUUUAUUUGAUAGAAAAAAAAAAAAGAAGAAAGAUAUUUCGAUCUACACAGAAUUAUUAUUUUGUUGUUUCAGUUAUGAAAUACGUGCUUGAUGUAACAUCUCUUGUCUAACUGCGUAUUUUGAGUGACUAAUUACUAGAUGGACAAAUUUCUUUAUUAUUCCUGAACUGAUUCCAUUAAAUUAGACUUCUAUGUAUAUUUUUAUAUAUAUUAAUCAUAAAUUUAAAACAAGGACUAUAAUAGUAAUCAUAGUUUUUAUAAUAGUACAUUGUAGUUCACUGAAUUUAUUGAGAAUAAUAUUUACAAAUCUAUAUUGAACAAUCUAACAUUUAGAUCAAUGACUAAUUAAGUUUCCAUAAAAUCAACUAAUUAAAUAGAAAUAAAUUAAUUUUUCAUUAUUCAAGAAAACAAAAUGGACACAAAUUUAGUUAACAUUGGCAAAUAUAUUAUUUGUGGACUUUAGUAAGAAUUUUUCUUUAUCAAGGAAAAAUAAUUGAUAAAUAUUAAUCUAAGUAAAAGAAAAACAUAUUUUUGUAUAUAAAUGUGUAGGGUUUUGUUUUUUUUUUUGUAAAUAGAAAGUGCACACAAAAAUAGUUUUUGAAACAUUUAAAACUUUAUUGAAGUGUGUUUAAUUUAGUCAUUUUUUUUUAUGUAUGUUUAACAAACCAACUAUUGUUGGG